CAAAUUUUUGCAUUUUUCAGAAAUCUAAAAAAAUAUCUUACAUGACAAAUAGCUUAAAGAUAUUUUUUAGGAUAUCUUAGGCAACUUCUACAAAUAUCUUGGAGAUAUCUUUUAUAAUUAUCCACGAGACUUUGAUGUUUUCCGGAAUGACAUCGUCACUCGCAGAUUUUUCACGUAUUUUAGGCUUCGCUGCUCUAUAAAAAAAACGACGACAUUAAAUAUCAAGUGAACGACCCGGACGAUUUGAAAUUCGUUCGGAUUUACGAUCAAUUCGACUAUAUAUUUUUUCGCUUCGCUCGUUAUCUUCGCUCCGCACUCGUGACCACUGCGAUCUUUUCGACCCGCGGGCCACAUUUGUGCCAAAGCACACUCUACAACGACGCAUGACCUGCUUUUUAAGCAACCCCCCUUCCCUCCCCCGGUCUAAAGUUACGACCGUUCGGCGAACAAUCGGAAACUUCCACGAAAGUAAACUGGAUCCCGUCAGCGUCGCGCCGGAAUCCACGAAAUUUUUCGCGGGAGCGCGAAGACGAGGGGAAACGUAUGGCACGAAGUCCGUUCGCGCUUUUCUCUCGUCGCCGCGACGAGUAGAGUAGACGCGUGUUUAUGGCGCACGAAACUUCCCCCGCGACAAGUUAGCCGCGCCGAAAGUGUCGCCAACAAGCGAACAAUCGAACAACUGCCAACUUCCGCGCCGCGUCGAUUUCCUCGAUUUGUAGUUGCUAAAUAACGCUUUCGCCGAAGUACUCGAUAACUUUUGCCAUUGAUAAGAACGUAAAUGCCUCUCGGGCGAAAUUGAAAUUUUCCGCGCUUUUCCUUUCCGUGUAAUUACGCGUAGGAAUUUACUGUCCGAUCUGAUUAUUACGCGACUAUCCCGCUGGUCUCGCGCUGGCACCCUGCUUCUCGCAAUUGCUGGAAACUUCAGACCGUUCGGGAGAAUAGCGUGGCUUUCAGGGACACUUACGUGUACAUAUACGUAACUGCGUCGCAUCAAAGCAACUAUAGUAAUUUUCGACGAGAAAAAUGGAUAUAGAUAACAAUCGGGAGGGUCACGAUGAUCCUCAAUUUGUGAAAGUGCUGGAAACUUGUUUGAAAAUGGAAAUUGCGGCGAGCCAGAAAAUUCUCGACGUCAACACAGCGGAAAUAAAGCAACUAAAGAUUACAAUACGCAGCGAGCUCGAUAAAAGGAAGGAACUUAAGGGAAAGAUGGCGCAGAUGAACAAGAUUAAGUUGAUAUUAAAUGAGACUUUAACAAGAUUGUACAUAAGCAUCAACGAGGUCUCCGAUAGUUUAGAGACCAUAAAAGCAAACGCCGACGAUCAGUACAAGCUGAUUCAGCUGAGAGCGCAAGAGUAUCAGGACAUCAUUGCUGAAUACAAGAAAACGUGGCAUGAGUAUCGUGCUAUAUAUGAGAGAUUUCCACUGGCAAAGGCUAGGAACGCGGCUAAGGUCAAUUUGGAAAAGCUUAAAAUCGAGUAUAUGAUCAUGUCUUACAAGAAAGCGGAAAUAAUGACAAUUAUCAAGCAGAGGCGACAUAUCAACUGGAUCCGCAUGCGCUGCAAGAUAAUCGAAUUUGUCACCGUGAUGUUGGAACGUAUGAAAUUGGAGGAAAGAUUAGUGACGACGAAAGGAAACGUGAAACAUCACAGAAAUGAAUUACAGUCAAUCGAAGCCGAGCUGCAAGUAUUACGCAGGAAGGAGGAGGAUCAGCAAAGACAGAGAAAGCAGAAAAUGUUGGAAAUGGCACCGCCAAAGAUCAAUAUACCGUUUCGCGAAAUGUACGUUCAGAACCAGAUGCGCGCGAGGGUGCAGCAUCAAUGGAAACAGAUUCAAGAGCCCUUUGAUGAUACCACAUCCGUCAAUACCUUGUUCCUGGAAGAAUUAUGCAUAAACGAGAACGCUACAGUGUCGCCCGAGCGAAUGGACAUAGAUACGACACACGACAAUAAUUACAAUAAACCUCCUGCGGCCGACACGGAAAUGUCUAAUUCUAAAAGCGCGAUUGUUUCGGAUAACGAUAAUACGAGCCCCGCUUCGGUAGCGUUCGAUACGGAGCCAAGUGCUGAAAAAGCGACUUCGGUAGACAGCGACGUAGAAAUGAAAGAGACUCAUCACGACGAGAUACAGAAGUCGCAAGAGUCCGUUAAAACGCAACCAAGCUGCUGUACAAAAGAAAACCCGCUCAAGCAUAACAUCGCGAAGAAUCCACAGAACGAAAUUGAAGCAAAAAGAAUCCGACUUCAAAGGCAGGACAGUAAGAGGAGUAUCAAUAAAAUAACUACCCCUCAGCCGUCAACUAUUGUUAAAGAAAUGAGUUUGGGAAAAUCCUCGCCCCGGUCGGUUCCGAAGAUUAAAAAGAUAGAAACCGUACAUUACAAUAUUACACCGUUAAUACCGAAACCCAUUCAGCGCUCGACUGUCACCGCGAGCAGUAUGUUUUCUCCGAUUAUGCAUUACGAGUACUGUGACAGCAAUAUGAGUUCCUUUGAUCAGGAUUUUAUGUCAAAAGGUGCACCAUCAUUUUACGAGGAAUCUCUGUGUAAUUAUAGGUUAUCUCCGACUUCUAAUUUAUCAAUUUGUCCUGAAGAAGACGUGCCGAUGACUCCUUUCUCGAAAUGUACAGUGCAACAGGAUAAUAAACCUGACAAGACAUCUAACGAAAGGACAUCGCCGUUCGAUUUUAGUGACUUUACGAAGAAGGCCAAGGAUGACUUUUCAUUGUUUUAAUGAAAAAGGAAAAAGAUUAUUGUUUAAACGGAUUAAAUGGCUUUUAUAUAUAAUCCUACACGAUAAUUUCAAUGACGUAUUUCAAAAAUUCAGUAUAUUAUAUAUCUUAAAUUGUGUUACAUUAAUCAAACAAAACAUAUUAUUUUUCAUAUAACGUAAGAUAAGCACCGUUAUACGUUAAUCAAGCAACACAUUAUUUUUAUUAUAUAAAUUCUGUUACAUCGAUUAAGCAAAAA